AUGUUGUUUUUACUUGGCAAUUUAUAUGGAAGUAAAGUACAAGUAACAGUACGCAAUGGAACCAAAUUUGAAGGGAUUUUUCAAGGUGCUACUACAGAAGGUGAUCUUGGUAUAUCAUUGACUUUAGCUCGCAAAAUAUUUGAUCCUAAUACUCCUACUGACAAGUCUAAAUCAAGUCCUUACCCUGUUUCACCUGCUUUAUUGAUCUUUUCAAAGGAUUUAGUGGAAAUCAAUGCUAUGGAUACUGAUUUGACUGCUGGGGAAAUCUCUCGUCAUGAAAGAGAUUCAUUCAAGACGGAUACGGAUAUUAGCGGAAAAGGUGAAAUCAAAGAACGUGAAUUACAUAAAUGGAAUCCAGAAUUACCCGAAAGUGUAUUUGAAUCAUUGGAAGGUGAAUUGGAAUCAAAUAACGAUGGUGGUUCUUGGGAUCAAUUUGCUGCAAAUGAAAAGUUAUUUGGAUUAAAAACUGAUUUUGAUGAAGAAUUAUAUACAACUCGAUUGGAUAGAUCAGCACCAGAUUUCAAAGAUCGUGAAAAAUGGGCUAUUGAAAAAGCAAAUGAAAUUCAAAGGUCAACAACAAAUAAUCCUCAUAUGCUUGAAGAACGCAAUAUUACAGUGGCCGAUGAUAGUGGUAUGGAUGAAGAAGAUCGUUAUGGUGCAGUUGUACGUGAUGUCAAUCCCAAUGUGUAUAUCCCUCCUGCUCUUCGCAAACAAUUACAACAACAAAAACCUCAAGAUCAAACUGGAAGUUUCUCCAACUUACCUCCUGAUAGUCCACUUCAUAAAUUGACUACUGGUACUUUGACCAAUACCUCUGCUCGUAAUGAACCUGGCAAAAAGAAAUCAACUGAAAAACAAGCAGCACCCAAACGCAUUGAAUCCGAAAUUGCUAAUACAUUCCGACAAUUUGCCAUGCUCGAAAAGGAUAAACUACAAGCCAAACGACAAGCAUUACACAAAAAAGAACAAAGUGAUCGAUUGGCAGAUUUAGUGAAAUUUCAUCAAACAUUCAAGCUCAACGUCCCAGUUCCGCCUGAUUUGUUGCCAUUGUUGGCCAAAGGAAAAAAAUCACCCACUUCUUCUUCCGCUACUGGUUCUGAACCUAGUGAAAAAUCUUCUUCUUCUCCUGAUACUACUCCUCAAGCAACAAAGGCACCAUCUUCUCCUUCUAAGACUGAUACCAAUGACAAGAAACCUUCUUUCAGGUUCAAUAUCAAAGCAUCUGAAUUCAAACCCAAUGCUGCUGCUUCCGUAUUUGUACCUGGUGGAAAAUUGACAACUAGUACGGAUGAUACAAAUACAUUUGCUGGUCGAUCAUUGAAAAAGGGUAAUUUGAAUGAUCCUGUCACUAUUGAUGAAGUGUUCAAAGCACCAUUCACAAAAGGAAAAUAUAAAAAACCAAACACUAUUGGUCCCACUUGGCCAUAUGGUUCAGGUCAAUAUAGACACCAAUUCCAUCAAUACAGUGAAUAUUCUGAAGGCGUCUUUACUGGUUAUCCUGCUCCUGCUUAUGGUUAUGGUUAUCCUCAAUAUCGUUAUCAUCAGCAAUAUGUUCCUGGUAUGUCAGCUAUUCCAGUCCAACAACAAAAUGUUUCUUAUAUGAGUCCACAGUUUGUGCCCAAUGUACCAAUCACAGCUGCUCCCAUGCAUCAUGGUGGUGGUUAUAGUCCACAAAUGCCUAAUGGUUCACCUCAUGGAUCACCAUUUCCUCAAGGUUUUUCUUCUCCUCAAAGAUCACCUAUGCCACCUCCUAAUGGUGCUCCUCCUCAAGUUUAUCAAUAUCAAGGCAAUCCUUCACCAGGUGGAUCCAUGCCAGUACGCUAUACACCUGAUAUGAUGACACCUCCUUCGGGAACACCAGUGAUGAUGCAACAACAACGUCCUGUCAUGGCAGAUCAUCCUAGUCCUUCACAUUAUUCUCCUGGUCCUCCUCCUCCAAUGAAUCGACCUCAUGAACAAAUGAACUCUCGUAUGUGAAUAUCAAUAUGAAUCAAAUCUCUUUUUCUAAUCUUUUUUUUUUUAUUUUUCUUAGCUUCUCAAACUGAUUCUCCUACUGAAACUUGAUUUGUUUUUAUCCCCCUGUGUUUUCGUCUUUUUUUUACCUUUUUUUUUUUUUCUGCUGCUCUCUCUCUCUCUAUUCCAUCUUAUUUUUUUUUUUUUUUUUUACGUUCUGUUUCCUCGUCUUCAAUCCCUCACCAAUACUUACAUUUCCCAUUUCUUGUAUUAUCUUUUUUUUGCGGAAUAAAAGAAAUAAAUCAAAAGAAUGCAC